AUGCAGGAGACAACCCUCGACCUGGAGCUGGCUGCGCGAGAGCCUGAACGCCAGGAUGUCAAUCUGGACAACCUGCCGGCGGUUGCUCCGCCCGCACUUCUGCCUCAGCAGGCGCAGAAAGGCGGUUGCGCUGCCUGGUGGCACCAUACAAGGAAGUAUGCUUGGAUCGUCGUUCGACAUACGACAAAGCAUACAGGGGUUGGAAUUGUGUGCGCCGUUGCGUACUUUGAUCCGGGUUACUGGGGAGUUGACCUGCAGGCAGGAUCUGAGUAUGGGUCCAAGCUGCUCUUCGUAGCACUCCUUGCAGGCAUAUUCGCCAUCGUCUUCCAAACGCAAGCAUCUCGUCUCGGUUGCGUCACCGUAAUGGAUCUUGCGUCCCACUCCCACCUGCUAUUCUACGACCGCCCAAAACACAAACUUCUAUGGCACUGGCUCGCGCUGUACCCACUGUAUGCGCUCGCCGAGAUCGCCAUCGUGAGCACCGACCGAGCCGAGCCGCUAGGGUCAGCAAUCGCGCUCAGCCUCCUCCGGCGCAAUGACGGCAACAUGGACAAGACCGCAUCCGCGUUCCUUAAGGGCGACACCGGCGAUGCCCCAGCAUCUACGCGGACCUGCCCAACCUCGAGCUGCUCAACGCGCCCAUGA